UUCCCGGCCGGGCUGAUGCAAGGAGGGCCAAGAAGGCGUCGGGAGGACGCGCGUUUUCCAUAGGGGAAGUAUAUGCCUGCAGGUGUGCAUUUCUGGAUUACAGCAACCAGAAUCCAUUUGGUUAAUCUUCUGUUGGGAUCCAGAACCUGAAGCAGAAUGCAGCAGAAAUCCAGGAGGGUUAAUGCAGGGCUUCUUUUGCUCUUUUCCCAGAUUGCCCAGAUUGGGAUUACCAACAUUCCACCUGUCACUCUUGCAUCUUUAGCCCUCAAUAUUUUUCUCUUUUUGAAUCCUGUGAAGUCCCUGAGAAAAACUUGCAUCAGUGUGGAGGAAUGUUUUGAACAAGGGGAUUGGCAGCGCUUAUUGCUCUCACCUUUCCACCAUGCAGAUGACUGGCACUUAUAUUUCAAUAUGGUGUCCAUGCUCUGGAAAGGAAUGAAGCUGGAAAAACGACUGGGAAGUGGAAAAUUUGCCAUCAUAAUUGCAUCAUUUUCUGUGCUGAUCGGCAUUGUGUACAUGAUCCUGGAAUUUGCUCUUGCAGAAUUUCUGGCUGAACCUGCCUACAAAAUGCAGUGUGCCGUAGGUUUCUCAGGAGUUUUAUUUGCUUUGAAAGUUCUUAACAAUCAUUACCACCCAGGAGGAUCUAUCAACCUUAUGGGGUUUCCUGUUUCCAACAAAUAUUCUUGUUGGGUCGAGCUUGUGGCAAUUCAUUUACUCUCCCCAGGGACUUCGUUUGCUGGGCAUCUGGCAGGUAUUCUUGUUGGACUAAUGUACACUCUGGGGCCUCUGAAGACAAUAUUGGAAAGAUGUGCAGACAUCUUUUCCUUGAAUGGUGGCUAUUCAGAAAGGCAGCAUUACUACAACAAUGCAGGCUACUCUGGAUACCGAGGUUUUCAUUCUGGGAGGUCUGGUUAUCAAUGGGAAACACCAAGAAACUAUGAUGCUUACACUGGGGGACUUAGUGAAAGAGAACAACUUGACAGGGCCCUGAGAGCCAGUCUAUCUGACCGAGGAUAUCCCAGCCAUGGUCGGCAACCCUACGGAGUUCAGCAUCCUCCGGGAUGGCUGUCGGAAGAAGACAUGAGGAGACAAAGACUUAACCGAUUUGAUAGAUAAUGCCAUUUUAGGAGUGUCCCUGAAAGACAACUUGCCAGGGGCCAGACAGCAGUUAUUCAGUGAUUCCAUUCUGAGUAUCCAGCCUCACUCUGGACAAAAUCAAAUCACCUAAUCCCAAAAAAGUGUUGCUAUCUGACAAACUCCCCAGUUAUUGGACCCUGGAAGGAUGGGAUAAGUAUCCAAAUGCCUCUAAUCCACAAACUUGGAAAAGCAAAAUGAAGAGUGCAGCUUUCUAAAAUGGCCACUUUUCUGGCUAUAUGGCCCUUGAAAGUGAGGCUCAAGAGGCCCCAGAGAGUCAAAUCUCUUCCCACGGGCUAUUGUCUCUGAGGCAGCUCAAUUUAUCUUGCUUUGUAGUUUGCGAUAUUAAAUAGACCCAUUUAUCCUCUCUCGGGGAAGCUGCCAGCUUCAGUCUGGGCAGUAAGGGCUUAUGGUCUGAGUGCUAGGAGUCAGCCUCACCAUCUUUGGAGGUUUCCAUUUUGACCUGAGGAAGCAAGUUUUGAUGAGAGAUCAGUUUUCCUCUAAAGCUAUCCUGUGCGGUUCAGAAUCUCUUGUAUUUUAUUUAUCUAUGUAUUCCAGGUGGCACUGGGACUAAUUGCGUCCUUUGAUUAUGUAUUAGUUUCAUUUUAACAUCAUGGAACUAAAUCUCUUUCCAUGAAAGAGGAAGACUUAGUAAACAGACUAGGAAAACCUCCAAUGGAGCUGUUGCUAUGGUUCUUGAUGAUGAUACACCACAGUACAUUUAGCCAGCCAUAGAGACUUGCAUUAAAUGUUCAAAAAUGCUUUAGAAAACAUUCCCUGGAUCAUACCCAAAAUUGGAAAUUUUUGCUGAAUUUGACUAGUAAAGGUCUAGCUCUCUGAAGAAUUUCAAAUAAGAUUUCAAGCCUGAAAGUAAUGUUCUCUAUUCUGACAUAAAUCCAUGUGUGGCCAGUUGCAUGGUCAUUGGGGAAAUAGACCACAUUCGGGGCAAGUCACUAGGGGGCAAACUUAAAAUCCAGAAAAAUAGAGAGCUGGGUACUGUUGGACUGAUUGCUCUCUAUUGAACAGGUUAAAAAAAACUUUAUUUCUGACAGGAGGAGUAUUGUUAAUAAUUAGUAACAUUUGUGGCAUUUGCUAAGCACUUACUAUGUUCCAGCAUUGUGCUAAGCAUUGGAUAAUCAGGUUGAACACAGUCACUGUCCCCUAUGGGGCUCCCAGUCUACAAGGGAAGGAAAGUAAACAUUUUGUCCCCAGUUUGCAGAUGAGGAGAUUGAAGUUUGGAGAAGUUAAGUGCCUUGCCCAAGGGCACAAAAGUGACCAAGCCAGCAUUAGAACCUGGGUCUCCAGUGCUCUUUCCACUUAGUCACACUGCCUCUCCAGUCUCUAGUAAGAGACUAAAAGAAACUUGGAUAUCUGAAAGUUGAUAUGGCACCUGCUAAGAGGACCGUUUGGCCCUUUUCUAAGUUUUUUGUCCCGAGAACCAACGGAAUCCUUUGAGAUUGAAUGAUCCACCCCUUUUAUCAGAGCAUCCAGGUAGCAGAAGAAAAUUCCUCCUUUCCUAUAGAUAGAGGACCCUGGUCUGUGCUCAUCCUCCCUCCUGGCAACCUUGUCAAGGUGGGAGCAGGACUUUCUGGGGGAAAUGGAAGGCAAAGCAUGGAUUUCCCGAGAGUCACCAGGCAAUCCUUUUGUACUUUUGUAUUUUGAAUUUUUAUCUAAACCUGUUUCCCUUAAAGCCAUCUUUGCUUGAACCUAAAUCCUGUUUGAAUUAUUAGGUAUGUGCCUUUAAAACAAUCCUUCAGUCAGUUAAUAUUCAUUGUCUACAGAGUGCAAAACAGAAUAUUAGCACUUGGGAGCAUUCAAUAGAACAGAAGCCACGAUCCCUGCUCUCAUGGAGUUUACAGUCGGGUGGGGGAGAUGACACAAAAUAAUUUACAGAGGUGAGAAAGGGAAAAUGGAUAUGUCAAAGAGUUAGUGCUUAAAUGGUAGAGUAUGUGGUCAGAAGGACUGUGUGUGGGUAGGAGUGUGUAAGUGUGCAAUUGUUUCAGGAGGGCUGAGGUUGUAGUUGGGGGAUAGCACCCAGGGAGAAGGAAAUAAACAUUUUAAUCUUCAGGUAUAUGUGUAUGCACCUCUCCCCUUCCUCCGCCCACCCCAGACGCACAUGCACGCACAAAUGUGUUUAUGUAGGCUGGGGAAAGAGCUUUACUCAUUUCCCUGAAAAGGGCAACCUUGCUCCUAACAUCCAUUCAUAAUCUAACUUUAUAGACCAUAUCUGCCAAUACCACAGUGGGAAGACGGUCCCCACAGCGUUAUGAGCUGAACUCCCCGAAUUUGCCCAUCCCAAAUCCCUGACCGAACCUGAGAGCUUCCCUUAGGAGCUGAAAGGAUCCAAAGUAAUAGUUUUCUGACCUGUUCAUUCUUUGAAACCUGCCCCUAUCCCAGUCCUCACCUCCUUCUCCCCAUCCACUCUCUCUUCACCCUCACACUUCUAAAUGAAAAAUUGACACCUAUGGUACAGAGGAUUUGUUUAAUCAGUGAAAACUUUUAGAUGUUUAUAGCACAUAUAUUGGGAACAGCAGCACUUUCCAGCUUGCUAAAGUUUUAAUUCCAAGCUGUAAAGAGAAAAACACUGAAUAUUUGAUGCUAGAAAGCGUAAUAUACUUGGCCAAAUCAGGGAAUGGAGCAAGGCAAAAUUCUUAAAGGCACAUAAAUGGUUGUCCAGCAAAAUCAAUGCAUCACUCAUGUUCAUAUGCCAGCUUUAUUUUCAGCACAGCAGUAUUUCCUAUGAAAAGCAUUUUUAUCACUGUUUUUUUAAUGUCACCAAGCUUUUAUCUACUGAAUGUAUAUCAUUUCCUAUGAAUUAAUUUUUUUCUUAUCCAGAUGGAUGUGGGUAACCUUUUGGAAUGAUUCCUCAGAAUUGUGCGUUUUUGCGUAUAUUACUGUAUAUCGGAUUUGGAAAUUUUUAUCUCUUGCAAAUUGUGGUUGGUUCAACUAUCUGAUGAUACUUUGAUUUAAUUAAAUGCCAGUAUUCCUCAUUUUGAUGAACUCU